AUCCGGCGCAGGAGACCGGCAGCGCGGGUGACGCGUUUUGCGCAUUUCCUGCAGCUCGCGCUCACUCAGAUUCAGGAGAGAGAGGGGACGGGAAACAGUGACCGAAAGGAGAAAAAAAAACGAACGGGAGCGGAGCACCGUGAUGAAUUUAGGGUGCUCGUGAGCCCGAAAAAAGACUGCAUUGAGGGGGCAAAAAGGCAUUGCUUACCGAGAGUACGCGCAAAUAUCGCGUUGCUGUAAGGUCGAAACAAGGAGAUUAUCCCAAAGAAGAGCGAUCGAGGGGCUGGAAACGAAGCACCAAUCCCGGAUGGCUAGGCGCGGCUGCUCGCGCUCUCUCCCACCCUGACCCGGGAGAGACACGCAAGGACCGUGGGGACGCUCCGGGGCUUCACGUGAACCCAACCGGAGCUCGUUAACCCGCAUUCCCCCUCACUGCUGUUUUAUAUCUCGGCCUGUUUACGCCGAAACAGGAAUCUUGUGUGGCGCACGGGACCGACCAUAAACAAACAAGACAGCCGCUCGGGUGGGAGAGUGUUCAGCAAGCGACCUCUGAAGGGUGCGAGUCUGCGUGGUUACUGCGUUUUUUCAGCCCAUUAGAGAUCAGCUGUGUUGUAAGCGCGUGCCUCUGUUUGUGUGUGCGUGUGUAGAUUACAGUGUUCAGAUAUGGCUGUACUAGACUGAGAGUCCAAGGAGCCAACGGCAUUAUGGGAUGUAGCAGGACUGUGCAGUGACCCCGCUCAUUGGAAGGAAACACUUUGUGUACAGGAGCAGGAACCGGCAGACUAGCCUAAACACACGUACACACACACACACACACACACACACACACACACACACACACACACACACACACAUACAAACAUCCCAGCCGCCUGCAGCCAUGCCUGUGUUCAGUGGCCUGUUGAAGGUUCGAGUGUGUGAGGCAGUGAACCUGAAGCCCACACCAUGGGCCCUGCGUCACGCUGUGGGAAAGAGUGGCUCUUUCCAGCUGGACCCUUACCUGGCCCUGAAUCUGGAUCACACCCGGCUUGGCCAGACCGCCACCAAGACCAAGACCAACAGCCCCGCCUGGAACCAGGAGUUCUGCACUGAAGUCCGUGAGGGAAGGAGUCUGGAGCUGUCUGUCUUCCACGAUGCACCCAUCGGAUAUGAUGACUUUGUAGCCAACUGCACCAUCCAGCUGGAGGACCUGCUGCAGAACGGAACCAGGCACUAUGAGGACUGGAUUGACUUGGAGCCAGAGGGGAAGGUGCACGUGGUCAUUGAUCUGUCCGGAUCCUCCACUGAGGCCACAGGGACCAAUGAGAAUGAGGAGCGGGUGUUUCGAGAGAGAAUCGGUCCUCGCCGGCGUCAGGGUGCCGUCCGAAGACGCGUCCAUCAAGUCAAUGGACACAAGUUCAUGGCCACCUACCUGAGACAACCAACCUACUGUUCACAUUGCAGAGAUUUUAUCUGGGGCGUGCUGGGGAAGCAGGGAUACCAGUGUCAGGUGUGUACGUGUGUCGUUCACAAGCGCUGCCAUGAGCUCAUCAUCACCAAGUGUGCCGGGAUGAAGAAGCAGGAGGACACACCUGAGGAGGUGGGUUCACAGCGGUUCAGUGUUAACAUGCCCCAUAAGUUCAGUAUCCACAACUACAAGGUCCCCACGUUCUGUGACCACUGUGGCUCCCUGCUGUGGGGCCUCAUGAGGCAGGGCCUGCAGUGCAAAGUGUGUAAGAUGAAUGUGCACAGAAGGUGUGAGUCCAAUGUAGCUCCUAACUGCGGUGUGGAUGCCCGAGGAAUCGCAAAGGUCCUGUCUGAUUUGGGAGUCACGCCGGACAAGAUCAGCAACACCGCACAGCGCAGGAGGAAGUUGACUCCAGGGCAGGACCCUCCCCAGUCUCCUCCUGAGCUCUCCCAGACUGAGGAGAACAGCUUCAGCCAGCCAUCUGUCCCCACCUCCCCCUCACAGCAGGACCUGGCACAGUUAGAUCGCCUGCAGGACGUGCUGUCACUGGACCAGCAGGGACCCCAACACUCCUCCUCCUCCUCUACCACCUCCUCUUCAUCCUCGUCCUCUUCGGCAGGCAAGGAGAACGGACAAAUCCUGAGGAGGAGCCUCAAGGACUUCCACUUCAUCAAGGUUCUCGGCAAAGGCAGCUUCGGCAAGGUUAUGUUGGCGGAGCUGAAGGGGACAGAGGAGGUUUACGCUGUCAAAGUUUUAAAGAAGGACGUGAUCCUGCAGGACGACGACGUGGACUGCACCAUGACAGAGAAGCGCAUCCUGGCGCUUGCUCGCCGACACCCCUACCUCACCCAGCUCUACUGCUGCUUCCAGACCCGGGACCGUUUGUUUUUUGUAAUGGAAUAUGUGAAUGGAGGAGACCUAAUGUUCCAGAUUCAGCGAUCCAGAAAGUUUGAUGAGGCUCGCUCUCGUUUCUACGCCGCCGAGGUCACCUCAGCCCUCAUGUUCCUGCACCGCAACGGAGUCAUCUACAGGGAUCUCAAGCUGGAUAACAUCCUGUUGGAUGCAGAAGGACACUGUAAACUUGCAGACUUUGGCAUGUGCAAAGAGGGCAUCAAGAACGGAGUGACCACCACCACCUUCUGUGGCACACCUGACUACAUCGCCCCUGAGAUCCUGCAGGAGCUGGAAUACGGAGCCUCCGUGGACUGGUGGGCCUUGGGGGUGCUGAUGUAUGAGAUGAUGGCUGGACAGCCUCCGUUUGAAGCUGAUAACGAAGACGACCUGUUUGAGUCGAUUCUCCAUGACGAUGUCCUCUAUCCUGUGUGGCUCAGCAAAGAAGCUGUUUCUAUCCUUCGAGCGUUCAUGACCAAGAACCCAGCCAAGCGUCUGGGCUGUGUGGUGACCCAGGGCUGUGAGGAGGCCAUCAAGACCCAUUCCUUCUUCAGAGAGAUUGACUGGGUUCUGCUGGAGCAGAGAAAAGUCAAACCACCCUUUAAACCCCGGAUUAAGACCAAGCGAGAUGUGAAUAACUUUGACCAGGACUUCACCAAGGAGGACCCUGUGUUGACCCCCACGGACGAGGCCAUCAUUCGACAGAUCAACCAGGAGGAGUUCAAAGACUUCUCCUACUGCGCCCCAGAGGAGGCGCAGACCUAACACACACACAAACACACACACUGAUCAAACACUAAACACAAAACCUGGCAUGCACGGAUGCACACAUUGAUGACACUCAUACAUGUGUAGAACCACGAAUCCCUUUACAAAAUUUACACCCACACACAAUAGACGCACACACAGUCAAUCCUUACAUACUUUAAAGCUAUUGGUUGUUGUUACUUUUUGGAAUAUUCUUUACUUGCAUUGUGUUGUUCUUGUUGCCUGGGGUUUAUUACGACUAUAGAUAUGACUAUGACUAAGAUUUACACACCUGCACAUGCUCUCACAAACAUUCCCACGCUGCACACUUUUAAUGCAGAUUUACACACAAACAAA